AUGUUGCCGGUUACAUUGUUCGAUGAUUUACCUGAUCUCAUAAUAAUUGAGUUCUUCUCGUAUCUGUCGUCUUUAGACAUUCUUUGGGGAUUUACUCGUAUUAAUUAUCGAUUGACAAUGUUGAUAGCUGAAAGAAAAUUUUUUCAUCAUGUUAACUUAUCACUUACAAGUUAUCAUCAAUUUAAUAUUAUUCUUAAUCUUCUUCCAAUAGACGAAAUUCAAUCACUUGUAAUUGACAAUGAUGCAUCUCCGUUACAAUUAACUCAUUGGCCUUAUUUACCUCGUUUGAGAACAUUACGAAUUAUUGGUCCAUAUAGUCAUGAUGAUAUUUUAAUUUUUAUAACACUUCAUGCAACAACACUCAAUCAUCUUACUAUCGAAUCAAACGAUAGAAUAGUACCUGAUGGUUAUUCGAUUGACUUUGAAUAUCCAAAAGGUUGCAUAAUGAAGCUAGUGAAUAAUAUUAUUCUUGUUCAUUUACCUGAACUUCGAUCGUUUGAUUUAGGCAUGGAUUAUUAUUAUAUAGAUUGGCCAAUUAACACUGUACAUGUUCCUCUCACCUAUUUACGUAUAGCAUUAUCUGAUAUCUCUUCAUUGAUUCGUAUUAUGUCGACACAACCAUUGUCUAACACAUUAUGUCAAUUACAUGUUAAAAUUGCUAAUUGUAAUUAUCAUCAAUAUUUUACUGAACCAAUAUCUAAUCUUCUAAUUAAAAUGACUAACUUACAUACAUUGACUUUUGUUGAUGGAUUUUUCGCACUAACAAGAAUUGAAUGGACAGUUUUCGAAAUAUUAAUAUCAUCCAAUACGAUGCCUGUACUCCGACGUGCUAAUAUAUCUCUUUUUCUUAAUGUCAAUGAUUUAUAUUGUAUUGCUUCAUCAUCAAUUUUCAAUGAUAAUCGUCAUGUUAAUGUUAAUUUCGCUUUCAGUUUUAUCAACUGUUCUGAAUAUAAGCAAAUGACUCAGUUUAUACCACGGGGCAAUCGUUUUCAUCCACGGGAAAUAGUUGGUGCGACACUUGUCGUUCAUCACCGAUAUAAUACGAAAGAAGUAGGAUUUGAUGGCGAUCCUUUUUGCUAUGGACUAUCCUAUAAUCAUCAUAUAUGGUAUACUCUUCCAUGGGCUUUCGAUGAAUUUUUUCAGCAAUUUCUUCCUGAUAGAUGCAUCCUUAAUAUUGACGUGUUCGAAUUUCCUUCUAAAAAAACCACUAUAAUUGGUCGAUCACAUCUGCAUACAGUACAAGCAUCAGGACGACGUGUAGCAUCACCGUUAUUCUCUUUACCUAAUGUUAUACAAGUUGAUCAGAUCAAUACAUUGCACGUAUCGUAUUAUAAUGGACGGCUUCGACUACCUUUACCUAAUCUUCAUCAAGUAACAUUUUUGAAUAGUCAAAAUUGUUUGAACCACGAAUCUUUAUUGCCAACAACUAUUCGUUCUAUUCGUCUUCUGAUUUUCUAUUUUCAUCCUAAUUAUCAAAAAACAUACUGGCCAAAUGUGUUGUAUUCACUUUCAACUCUUCCAAACUUACAUUCAUUACGUAUAAUUAUGUAUCAUGUGCCAACAACCAUUCUUGACGAAUCUUGUCCACUGAUUGAAAAAAUUGCACUUAGAGUUACCGAUUUUGGCUUUUACUUUCGAGCAAAAUUUGGCCUUUCAGGCGAUGUCGAUCCACCUAUAUUUGAAGUAUAUGCAAAAUUUAUUAAACAUUUAUGUCAUCGUAUUUUCCUAUUGUCUCCUAAUAAACAACCUUGUUAUUCAAUUGAAGAUGAUCGUUGUGGAUUAACAAUAUGGUUUUGA